AUGAAUGGUCUGAACCAGUAUCUGUGGGUUAGAGACCCCAUGAAUGGUCUGAACCAGUAUCUGUGGGUUAGAGACCUCAUGGAUGGUCUGAACCAGUAUCUGUGGGUUAGAGACCUCAUGAAUGGUCUGAACCAGUAUCUGUGGGUUAGAGACCUCAUGAAUGGUCUGAACCAGUGUCUGUGGGUUAGGGACCUCAUGAAUGGUCUGAACCAGUAUCUGUGGGUUAGGGACCUCAUGAAUGGUCUGAACCAGUAUCUGUGGGUUAGGGACCUCAUGAAUGGUCUGAACCAGUAUCUGUGGGUUAGAGACCUCAUGAAUGGUCUGAACCAGUAUCUGUGUGUUAGAGACAUCAUGGUCUGA